AUGUCGGGCGCAUUCGCUUUCGUCGGGAAGAAGAUUCUCGCAGAGUCAGCGAGGAAUCACUUUGGAUCGGAGGACCCUUAUUUCGAAGAAGUCCCUGCAUCCCGGCUAUAUCGCGCGUUUGGCAAGAAGACGCAGAGAAGACGCAAGGCCGCUCCACCUGGGCUAUCUGAAAACGAUACCAAAAUCCUCACACGCGUCAAACGACGGGCUUACAGACUAGACUAUUCAUUGUUUAACCUUUGCGGUAUCAAAUUUGGAUGGGGUAGUGUGAUUGGGAUAGUUCCUUUUAUUGGUGAUGCCGCGGACGGAGCAUUAGCUUUAAUGGUAUUGCACACCUGUGAAGGCAUCGAUGGGGGGCUACCCAGCCGACUUCGAAUGCUAAUGAUGAUGAAUAUUAUCAUUGACUUUUUCAUCGGGCUUGUGCCAUUUGUGGGAGACAUUGCAGAUGCUAUGUUCAAAUGCAACACUCGAAACGCUAUCAUUCUUGAAAAAUAUUUGCGGCAAAAAGGGGCCCGCGCAAUUUCAAGCCAUGAACAGCAACAAGGCAGAAGAGUUGAUCCAAGCCUCCCAAAUGAAUUUGAUCAGUACGACUCGGAAGUCACUGAUAGUCCACGUCGCCACAGAGAUCGCGCCGGUAAGCAAAGUGUCAAGGGUCCGGCUAAACCGCCUGCGGCUAAGCGGUCUCGAGGUGAUCGGAGGCCGACGCAUCAGGAAGGAGAUUUAGAGACAGGAAUCAUCGAUGAUUUUCACGGCCGAAAGUGA